AUGCCUUUCCGCUCACCUUUCCACCGGCCGAACGAUGCACAUUCGCAACAGCCGCUCCUAAAAGAAAAUGGACCGCGACGGGAAACCAAUACCUUUGCCGAAUCCCAUGAACGAUUACUUGAAAGACCGCAUAUGUCUCGCAGAUCGACCUUUCGCAGUCGCACACCGGAUAUCGAAGACAAGAAUCUAACUCGUCGGAAAUAUAUGCUAGCUUCGGGCUUUCUGCUGUUGAGUUUGAUCAGUUUUGUGGUUCAGACAGAGACGGCGGUGUAUAUUCAACAUGAGCUUCACUGGGAUAAGCCAUAUUGCAUGUUAUAUCUUACCCACGGCUCCUGGUCAUUACUAUGGCCAAUGCAGCUCCUGAUCCUGCGAAUCCAGAAACGAAAACUAUCAUGGGACGCUUUCUGGCGAAGACAUGUAUUCCUACUGCGCACAACAGCCCAGAUGGUGGAGCGGCAGGACCUGCAUCUCACCACCCGAGACGAUCAUCGAUCACCGGUCCCUUAUAUGCUGAAGACCACAGCUUUUAUCACCACUGCCUUGACCAUUGCCGGUGGUUCCUGGUAUGUUGCCGUGAAUAUGACGACAGCUAGCGAUUUGACGGCUAUAUACAAUUGCUCGGCGUUUUUUGCUUAUGCAUUCUCUGUUCCGCUAUUGAAAGAUAAACUUCGUUUCGAUAAGAUUUUUUCUGUCUUGGUGGCCAUUGUUGGCGUGUUGGUCGUUGCAUACGGAGAUUCUGGUUCAGAGGCGGGCGAGAGCAGUGGCUCAGCCGAUUCUCGUACACUGGGCAAUAUUGUCAUUGGGGUUGGAAGUGUGUUGUACGGAUUAUACGAGGUGCUAUAUAAGAAACUGGCAUGUCCUCCGGAAGGCACCAGUCCUGGACGAAGCAUGAUCUUUGCGAAUACAGUGGGAAGCUUGAUUGGGACGUUCACUUUGCUGGUCUUGUGGUUCCCUCUGCCUAUAUUGCAUUGGACGGGACUAGAAACAUUCCGCUGGCCUACUGGUGAAGCCGCCUGGAUGCUUCUGAUUUCUGUUAUUGCAAAUGCUACAUUCUCCGGCUCCUUCCUGGUUCUGAUUUCAUUGACUUCGCCGGUACUCUCGUCUGUAGCAGCGCUAUUGACUAUCUUCCUGGUUGCCAUCGUGGACUGGCUACGAACUGGAAAGCCCCUGUCCGCUGCCGCUGUUUCAGGCGGCGUUUUAAUUAUUGCUGCCUUUUUGUUGCUAAGUUAUAGCACGUACCGAGAACUUGAUGAGGAGAGGAGGCGCCGUUUCGCAGAGGACGGUCCUGAUUCCGAUAGCGACGAGUAA